CCCUAAACUCUUGUCUAUCUCCCCUGUUCUGUUCGCUCCUCCAUCUUCUAAACCUAAGAAACAAACAGCCGAUUGACAGAUCUUCUUUCAUUCUACGAUUCAGGGAGGCAGUGAACGGCAGAUGGACAACGUAAAUAAUGAUUUCGAAUCCAAAAGGAUUGUUUUUGUGACUGUUGGCACAACAUCUUUCGAUUCGCUUGUUAAAACUGUUGACUCCGACCAAGUCAAAGAAGCAUUGUUAGAAAAAGGAUACACUCAUCUUGUCAUUCAAAUGGGUCGUGGAUCCUACAUCCCUAAAAAGUCUAGUGGUGGUGAAGAUGGAUCAUUGGUUGUAGACUACUUUACUUUUUCCUCGAGCAUUGCAGACUAUUUGAGAUCAGCAUCUCUAGUUAUAAGCCAUGCAGGUUCAGGGAGCAUAUUUGAGACGCUAAGGUUGGCAAAACCGUUAAUAGUGGUAGUAAACGAGGACCUAAUGGACAACCAUCAAAGCGAGCUUGCAGAAGAACUUGCGGAAAGAAAACACUUAUUUUGUGGUCGCCCUCAAACACUCUGCGAGGUCAUCAAGUCGUCGCUAAAUGUGGAUAUUAUUGUUCCUUAUGAACCAGCUCCAACAAAUCUGAAAGCUGAAAAGCGAAUAUUGGGGGCACCUUAAACCAAAGCGAAACAAGCUGCCGAACAGUAGUCGAGAACUGGCAACUACUAAACUCAUGUUCUACUGUCUCUGGUGCGUCUCUACACAUGGGGCACUCGUCGGACUGCACAACUAUGUUCCUCCUUUUACUACCCUUCUAUCGGACCUAUAAUUUUCUGCCAUGUUACCCAAUUUAGUUUCGCCUUCUCAUCACAGCCUCCCCAAAAGAAGACCCUCCUCAUUUGUUUCUGUGACCGUAUUGUCUCGCUCUUUCCAAAAUCAAGGUGGUGGGUGUGGGAUAAAUGAGAAUUAUCGUCUCGCUCUUUCUAAAAUCAAGGUGGUGGGGUGGGGAGUAUUAGAAACUGGGCGAACAGUCGUGGGAAAACUACUUUGUAUUUUUGUAAAGCCACAUAAGGACAAACAAAGGGCUUGUAGCUUAGCGGUAUUAAAGUGUGUGUAAAGGUUGCUUUUCGGUUAAGGGUCUAGUCGUAUGGUGGACAAAUAUGGAAUAGUGUACUGGCUCAUGGCCAUUUAUUUGUUCAUUUUAUCCUCAAUUUGUUUUAUAAAAUUGAUCAACAUUUUUUGGUUA